UUGACUAUUAAUAAUAACAGCAAAUAUGACGCGACUCUCUUGACUGGAAGUGUAGUUAUGGCAAAAAAAAAUACUGAUCGCUAAAUUCAAGGUCGCGCUGUGAAGUAAUAAAGAAAAGCAGCUGGUGGAAGUGAACUAAAAUUCGCUGUGCUAAAGUGUCAAAUCAAGUGCCCCGAAAAAUACAACGAGCACUUGAGAAUUUCAAUUUAAUUACCCUCAACACGGGCACAAAUCUACAAACAUACUCACUUAUGUGCACAGCGAUAAGAUAAGCCAAAGUCUCGAAAGGAGAAGAAAGACGUGUUGCCACAAAACUCCGGUUGCUGUUGUAAGAUGCCAUGGGCAAGUGUGUCUCCCGGCAGACGCCUCCGCUCCACCAAUUCGCGUCCCCAGCCGCGGAGCAUCAUCAAUCUGUAUUGACAAUCGCACUGUCCCACGAAGAUCUCGCCCAGGCGCACAAAAUCUGGCAACAGCUGACAGCGAGUAAUGAAUACAUAGCAGCCAGCCAGCAGGAGCAGGAGGAACCCUUUUAUUACACCAUAAGCCGGCGGAAGCAACCGGAGCAGGCCGUGUUGCACAUCGAGUCCCUUUACAAUGAUGCUGCCCCAGCGGAACCACUGAGCGGAUCGGCGUACUCCACUUGCCAGGAAUUCCUACUGCACGAACUGCUGCAGGCCAUCGAAAGCGCCGAGGAGCAGGCGUCCUCCUCCGGCAACAUCCUGAAUCAGGCCAGAAUCAGGCAAGAACCUCAAUUACCAGUCGAGAACAACGGCUGGCUGGCGGGACAGGCGGAGAGCAAGAAGCAGGGCAGCAAGUCAAGUCGACGCCACCACAAUGGCAACGGAAAUAGUAAUGGCAAUCCCUCAGAGGCGAUGGAUCAGAAUCAGACGGUGCACACCAAGGGCACCGCCAUGUCCUUUGGCUUCCGCAAAAAGCUCAAUGGGACGCCCAAGAAGUUCAAGAAACUCCUGGAAGGCGGCGACAAAAGCGCAACUCGCACAGACACAAAGGACGACAACGGGAAUGCAGCUGCUCCCGUUCACUUUGAGAAAGUAGGCGCCGCCGCUGCCCAGAAGACUGGCAAUUUGGGGGCAGGUGCGGCGGCCGGUGGACGUUUCGGCUAUCGUGGGGCGGUGCCACGCCCCGCAUCAGCGGGCCUAACUGGGCCCAGCGAAGAAUCCGAAUCGGAUUCGACGGCCAAUGCACAGAACAACAACAACAACAAUAACAAUCGGGGAGCGGGAAAUGGUCCGGUAUUGGUGAGCAAUUUAAAACGUCGCUCCAAGAGCGCACACGCCGGUCGAUCCGGCGAUGGGGAGCCCAAAAUAGCCCAGCCCAAAACGCUGACGUUCAACCUGAACCAGAACACCACCAUCGAGUACCAGCGGCGUCAGUUCUUCGGCGAGAUUGCGGACGAAACGUCGGGAUCGGGUGCGGUUUCGGGAGGCGGAUCUGGGUCGGGAUCGAGAGCGAUGCAACCCCGCUAUAACUACAACAACCUGGCCAGCAUGCAUGCCAAUGUCAUAGUUCGCCCCACUCCGCGACCCACUCCAGCCAGUUAUGCCAAGUUUACCCUACAGACGGUGAGCCUGCCCAGGCCUGAGUACCCGGUGGCCAUCAGUUUGACAGCCACCACACCGACCACGCCCAGCAGCAGUGUGCAAUCGCCGGUGCCCGCCCACUCGACAGGAGCCCGGGCCAAGGACAUCUCCACCACGAGUUCCCGUCAGCAUCCCCUGACCUCCGUGCAUGUCCAGCCGCAGUCGUCGCGGCAUCUCGACCAGAAGAGCGUGAAACAGCUGACGAAUAACUCGACGCGUCGAGGAUUCUCUGGAAGCAGGGAAAUCAGCGCGGAUUCGGGGAUAGCCAGCAUGGACAUGGCCUUGGACAGCAGCUCGGGCAGCUCGGUGGGUUCGAAGAGGAGUCGCAGCAGGCCCAGGAACCUCAAGAUGGUGAUGAGCGGACGGCACACAUUCGAGGUGCGCGAUGCCGAUGAUCCGCCGUCCAGCGAGUCGAACUCCUUUGUGGAACCACUGGCACUUCCAAAGUUGCCCACUGACGGGAGUCAGAGUAUUCCACUUCCCUUACUGGGCUUGGUACGAUCCAAUACCGUUUUGAGUCGCGAGACUUACGAGCGACGUCAGGCUGAGGCCCCGGCAACCCAGGAUCAUCAGGAUCGGCAGGAUCAGGAACCAGAUAAACCCAAGACAAGUGGCUCCGAUGAGAGCGAAAGUGUGGACGAGGAGAAGCUCUAUUUGGACUCGUCCACCUCCGAGAAGAGUGCCAAGCAUCAGAGUCAGUCCUCCACUUGGCGUCUGCAGGCGGGCGAAUCCCUGGCUGCCCAGGAUUGCAGCAGCAUGAGCAUGAGCAUCAGUAGCGAUACCCAGGCUCCGGAGAAUCCCAGGGACAAUGACAAGGAGGAGGACAUGUCGCUGGGUCUGGACGAGAUCAGUCUGAUCAACACGGACAUGCAGUUUAGCACAAUAUCUUCGAUGACGGAAACUCCACCCAAUGUGGGUCAGGAGGCCACCCUGCUCAACCUUCACCUGGUGGACAAUCGGGAGGCGCGUCCUCGCUCCUUUAACAAUGCUCUCAAUGAAUCCAAAUUCGCCGAGUUGGCUUUGGCCAGCAGCAGUUGCCUUCUGUUGGACGAUGAGACCUCGCCCACAGAUAGUUUGGUUAGCAGCACCGAGGAUUCCGAGGAGGCGGGUGGCAAACUGCAGAAGCACAAGCUCAACGAGGAGCGUCAGCAGAAGGACAUCGAUGAUAUAGAUAUCGAUGAUAUUUCCCCGGUACUCGAACUCGAUCUGGAUCCCAUCGGCAGCCGCAGUCCCAUUUCCCCCGGCACACCCACUCAUGCCUCCCAUUCGCUUUCCCUGGGUUCGGAUUGUGGAAAUCUCAUAGAUGAUGAGAUCGCCGAUCAGCCGGCUUUGCUGUGCAACAGUGAAGCCCAUGAGGUGGCCACGGAUACGCCAACUUUGAUGGAAACCCUGACCCACACCCAAACGGGUUCGCUGCGAUCCCUGAAAAGUCAGUCGAAGGCGCGAACAGCUCUCCAGCAGGCCAUCGAGUUGAGCCUGAGGACUCCGGCGGCGGUGCGAAAGGCAGUGAUGGAUCGAGCUGAAUCUUUGGAUACUCUAUCCCCAUGUGAAUCCAUUUGCUCCGAUGACCUGAUGAUGGAUUUCGAUAUGAACAGCAGUGUGGACUCCAUUGAUCACAUGGCAAAUGCCACGGGACGCAGUCGCAGUGGCUCGGAUCUUCACAAGAUUGGCCGUGGAGGUCAGGACAUUGAUACCAUGCAGGCGGAGACCGAGGCGGAACUUCUUUCGGAACUGGAACGCCGGGGCAGCGAUGUGAUGAAGGAGCUGAAUACUUUAUUGCGAGGAAGGAGGCAGCGCGGAGGACCAAGGGAGAGAAUAAGCGCCCAGUUGCCCGCCCGUGCCACCAGAUUGCUGAACCGCUCGCGUCUCCAGGACCAACAGCUCACCGGCAACGAUUCGGACAAUAGCUUGAGGUCCUCGCACAGCGGCGGAGCUUCGGCGGCCGCUGCUGCCCGGAAGAGAAGCACGGCCAACUCAAGGACAUCGUCCGGCUCCACGGCCAGUUUGCCCCGCCAGCGUCACCUGCAGCAGCAGCACCUGGGACUGGGAUUGGGCGGAGGAGCUGGAGGAGGAGGAGGAGGAGGAGCAGGAGGAGCAAGUGCAUCCGGAGCAACCGGCCACAGGUGCGGGGGCGAGCUGCACAGCUCGUCGGACGAUCUGAUGUUGUAUGACAAGUCCUUCCGCAAUGCCAUGAUCCAGGAUGUGCUGCAGUUCAAGAAGCAGCUGCUGCGACUGCGGCGAAUUCUCCAGGAGACGGAAACGCUCAAUCCUUUCGAGAACGACAACGUCCAGCUGUUCGCCGCCUGCGGAUUGGACAGCAAGCAGCUGAACGACAUCGAUCUGGCCAGCCUCACAUCGUCCACGACGGAGGACCCGCUCCAGGAGCUAUCGGAUCUACGUAGACAGGUGGUUUACCUUCAGGGUCAAGUGGACGAUCGUGAUCGCACCAUCCGCCUGCAGCGUGAUCUCAUCGAGCAAUUGGAGGCCGAGAAGCGGCAGAAGGCUUCGAAUGGAACCGGCGGGGAUGCGGGCAAGGAGCUCAUCAGCAUGGCCACCCAAACGGAGCGGACACGACCACUUGCCAUUGGUGCGGAGGGUUUGUCCAGAAGUAAGCCCGAAUAUACCAGUUAUACCACGCACUUUCCGACGCUCCACGUGCACGACUCCACGCUGGCAGCCACCACGAUAAUCCGCCACCACCAGAGCAGCCACAACGAGAAACAGCAGCAUCAGCAGCAGGAGAAAUCCUGUCCAGCUCUCAGCCAGACCCGCCGGCACACCAUUAUUUCCACCACGCUGACCAACUAUAAUCAGCAGCUGACGGCUGCUUUUCCCGACACCCCAAGACGCUCCUCCAUUGGAUGGGAAACCACCCCAAACUUGCCCAAUGGCAACGCCUACAAGCCCGUUAGGAUAACGCUGAUCGGGGAGGCACUGCCCCUGCAAAAUAAAUCAUCAACCGGAUCGCUAUCUUCGUCAUCGUCCUCCUCCUCGUCGACAUCUUCGCUAGCCCAAAAUCCAAACGUGGUCAAAAUGCGCUAUCCCAAUGGCUGUCAGAGUGUUAAAAACGGAUCGAGUGCGCAUUAUCAGCCGUUGUACAACAGCAACAAGAUGACAAACCCAACCGUAACUAUAGUCUGAUUUAGAUACCAGUUUUCAGUUAGCAGAACCAUCUUAUUUGCCGUCGCAAGUCUUCUGGGAAAAACGCUCUAAACACACAGAAUCCAUUGAUGUGAAAAUAGACCUAGUACAAGAUCUUAAUUAAUUUAAGCGAUACAUAUAUAUAUUUGCAUCUUAGCCAAGAGCUCUUGAAAAGCAGUUUAGUAAAAUAUUCGCUUGUAAGGAAUGAACUUUAAAUAUCUCCAUAUAUGUAUGUAUAUCCAUUGCUUCAAUAUAAUGUUAAACUAAAUUUAAUAGUAUUUUUCUGGCUUAGUUUUGGCUUCCAAAUAACAAUUUGUUAGCCAGAUAUUCAAUAUCCGCCAAUCUGAGCAUUUUUAAGAGCCUCCAAGUAAAAUAUCCAUAAGCACAAAACGAAAAUAAGUGCGUUCGAUGGUUUAUACUCUUUAAAUAUGCAUGUAUAAUCUAAAAUAGAUUCUAGAUAAUUUUUGAUUGUUACUCGUUUUUUCUCCUAAGUUUUAGUCUAAGUUAGUGAGUUUUUCUCGGUUUAAUAUUUUUCCUGUAAUUUGUAUAAUAUGAGCUAUGAUAAAUGUCUAGACCACUCUUGCUGAACGAGGUAUCUAUAGCAGCAGAACAUAAUAUUUUUUCUCCAAGAGCACAAUAAUCGCGCGUCAAGUAAUUAACCGAUAUUAUAUAACGUAUACUGUAUGUAAACCACUAUUAAAGAGUUAUAGAAAGUACCUAUCAAUAGAGAAAGAUAAA